UCACCUAAUUAUGGUGUUUAAAUAGCAUCAAAUAACAGCUCAAUAGAAUGUUAACAAUACCCACACAGCAGACGUUCUAUGGUUGUCAAAAAAUGUCAAAUUUUAAAAUAUUUUACUUCUCCUUUAGCUGAGUUGUACCAGGCUCUGAAGAUGCUAGUCCUGAAGGUGCAGGACCUAAUGGUCCUCACUGCUCUGCUGCUCUCCAUCACGGGUCCCACAGAAACCAGAGUGGUGACUUCACUACAAGCCUGCCACAACUUCUUCUGUCAGCAAACUCCACCAAACAUCCCAGGAAUCUUGGCCCACGGAAACAUCAUAAACCAAAACAGAUACAAACCCAUUUGCCAAACUUUUGAAAACACGGUAACAUUUGUGACACUUUAUGAUACCACCAACAAGAUUCCAGUGUUUUCUGCCUAUAAGUACACACAAUAUGCUACUGGAAGGCCACGUGACAUUUGGAUGAUUGAACCACAGCUUGAGAACCUUCACAGUGGUAACAACAUGGAGAUACCUGAAAGAAACAAGAGUUACCAAUUCCAGGCUACGCCAGACGACUACGAUAACAGUCAGAAUUAUCAGAAAGGACAUUUAUUACCAAACUCCUUUGGAUCCAAUAUGAAUGUAAAACAAUCUACAUUCACACUGACCAACGCUGUUCCACAAGUGGAUACAUUUAACACAGUGGCCUGGAGAAUUAUUGAAAGAGAUUUGAAAAGCUAUAUGGGGAAUUAUUGUGUCAACAACAAUGAUCAGAUAGAAGCUUAUGUGGUGAUCGGAGCACAGCCUGGCACGGACAACAAAUUUCUUAACGGCAAGAUUAAGAUUCCUUCAAUAUUGUGGUCAGCCUUCUGCUGCUACAGCAAGAGAACGGGUACAUGGCUGACAAGUGCUCAGUGGGGGAAGAAUACAGACCACCCAGAACUUCAGAGUAAGACAUUGAAUGAAUUGUAUCACGUAUUGGGUCAUGGAUUUGAUUUGUUUCCCAACACACAGUGCCCUCGGGACUGUGAAUGUACUUUGUCUGGCUGCAAACGACCCAGAUCCUCCUAAUAUAUCUUUAUGUUAUCUUGAUC